CAAGGGCACAUCACCUCCCCCUCUUCCCCCACUACUGAUCCUUGUUCCUCACUCCCGAUCCCAUUUCUCAAAACUACUCUCAUACCUGAUUUCCUCUCCCAUCCAGAAAAUUUCUGACCCACCAAAAACACCCUCACACCACCUUCCCCGCAACAAUGACAACUUCAUCCCAGGACGACGACCCCAUCAUCGCCUCCUACAACGUCUACCUCACCGACUCGGAGAUCUCGCGCUACGUCCUCCAAUACCUCGACCGCCCCACCGGCUACAGCUACGACGACCGCCACGGCCAAAAACCCACCGCCUUCCGCCUGAAACCCAAAACGGGCCUCGUCGAGGUCGAUGUUCCUAUCAACACCCGUGUCAAUUACGAUGUCAGCAAGGGGUUGCGGUACGGCGAUGCGUUGAAGAAGUCGCAGCGGGCGCGGGAGGGCGGGGCGUACGGCAUGGCGGGAGGGUUUAGUACGAGUGGUGGUGGUGGUGCGGGUGGGAAGGUCAAGAUGGAAGGUGGUAGUGCAGGCCCAAUGGAGGUGGAUGGUGGUAAGGAUACGGCGCAGUUGCUGAGGUUGCAGACUCUUGGGGGUAGGAUUAAGGGAUUCGAGGGCGGGGAUCCGGUUUAUAUGCUGGGGGCUUUCAGGGGGGAAAACCUCCAUUUGUCGCCCGUCACGGCCGUGGUACAGCUGCACCCGCAAUUACACCAUCUCGAUGCGAUGGAUGAAAUCCCUGCCAAAGGGAAGGGAAAAGCCCGCAAGGAAGGCGAGGAAGAUCGCCCGGGUGAGUCGGAGGCCCGGGCCAUCGAUGUCAAGAUUAAGGCGGCAGAGGAUGGCGAGGCGGCUAUGGUUGCGGGCAACCUGGAGCUGUUGAAACAAAUGCAGGAUGAAAAGUGGAAGGACUACGAGUGGGUGGAUGCUGAGACUGAGGAAUCGUGGCAAUUAUACGAGAACUACAUGAUGCACCAAGAGGUCGAGUCUCUUCCACAGCUGCAGUCGGCGAUUGAGACGGAGGAGUAUCUGGACAAGAUGAGCGCCCCCCGGAUUGACCCUGCCCGGCCGGAGUUGACGGGUUGGGCGAUGAAACAAAACCGCAAGAAGCAGCGCGAGGAGGCUUUGCCACGUGAAGAGACUACGGCGCAGAGUUAGAAUCGGGGUCGUGGACAGAUUUAUUAAUACUAGUAUUGAUUGAUGAUGAAGGACAAUGCACUGAUUAUUGCCUGCACUGGCAGUAGUAUUGUUGUACAAUACAGAUGAUGGAUUCGG